AUUAGCAUAGUUUAUCAUAUACAUCCGUUGUAAAAGGUGGUCAGCUUUUGUCUAAAAUACCGAUUCAAGAUGUUGUCACAUAUUUUCCUUGGAGUGCUUUUAUUCUUUACUGGUCAGACAGUCGCAAAAACGCUUGAAACGCCUGCCGACAUUGUUAUGUUUGAUGUUGUUGAUCUCUCAGGCUUAAAACCUACAAAUGGCUCACCUUUUGGCGGUCAAAACGCAUACGAUUUUCCUUCAAAUGCUUCUGAUUUGGUUGCACCUUCAAAUGUUUCUAGUUCUUUCGUCAACAAUUCAAUUUUACUGAGGGAAUUUACUGUAAAGGCUAAUCUUCGUGUAGCCGAUGGCGAAAAUGGUGGAACUAUUGUAUUUUUAUCAAAUCCUGAUCGUCCUAACCGUGCGGGCUUUGCCGUUACAUACAAUUGGAAUAAUAACGUACCACAAGUUGGCGUAUCUUUCUUCAUAAGAGGCAUUCAGGAAUCAUCGCUUUGUGUAUUUGGCCGAAAUAUACCUAAGAAUGAAUGGGUACAUUUGGAGGUUCGAAUGUAUAUGGAUGAACGUUUAGCAAGGUGUAGAAUUGAAGUUCCAAGUGGUAAAAAGUACUAUCGUUAUACUGGAAUUGCCAACCAAGAUAGACCCAUAGAUGCAUUUCAUCCAAACGGUGAUUUGAGAUUGGCACAACAGUAUCUGAGUGGAGAUGAAAACGUUUUUUUCAUCCGUGAACGAUUCGUGGGAAAGUUGCAAGAUGUGAUCAUAAGUUUUGGUCAACCCAAUUGCACGUAUAUAAUUGAAGAAAAUAUCGCAAAGUCGACACCAGCUCCUGUAACAUGUCCAACAAACAAUGUUCCAAAAGAUGAUGAUUGUGUUGAUGCUAAUGGCAACCAACGUAAUAAUACGGAAAAAUGGCAAGAAGGAAUGUUAACUGAUUGUAGUUGUGAUAAAGGGAGAAUAUAUUGCGUCAAAUCCGUUAAAAGUUGUACCAUGAAAGGAAAACGGUAUAAAGAUGGUGAUAAAUGGGAUAAUCUUGACAAUUGCAAUUUUUGUGAAUGUAAGGAUGAUACAGUGAUAUGUUCACGUACGAUAAGAACUUUAAAAAAUGAUGGCUGCGAGUGGAAAUGUGGUGAUUGUACGUCAGGUGAAUGUCCCCGUGAAAAAAAACGUAGAGGAUGUUUCUGUCCAAAUAAAAGAAUCUUUUCAAAUGGAAGAUGUAUUUAUCCCAUAGCCUGUCCAUGCAAGAUAAAUGGGAGAGAAUUUACGGGAACCCUACGAUCUGGAUGUUCAUUAUUGAAUUGUCAAAGUGGAAUUUCAUCUGAAAUCCAAAGAGUUUUUUGUUAGUGAAGUUUCGAAUGUUCUUUUUGUUUUAUUUUUUUUGUGUUUUAGGUUAAGUAUGAAUAAAAAAUACGCUACAUUUACAAACAACUUACUGAAGUAAAAAUAAUGGGAAAACUAGUAUAUCAAUAGAAAUUUGAAAACGGU